AUGUCCGGACGCCAUGCCUGGCUUUCAAAAGGCCCAAGCCCUUCCCUGCCUGAGUCCUGGUCCGAGUCCCCAGGAAUGGCCUUCGUUGCUCCCUCGUCCCAACCCUGCCAUUUGGCCCUUCAGCUGCCCGAGGCCUUGGGGCCCGAGUUCUCAGACGCCCACAGGACGUGGCUGAACUUUGUCCUGCGGCCUGAUGACGGGGCCUUGAAGAAACGGUGCCGAGGCCGGGACAAGAAGUCGGUGAGCCUGGGGUCUGAGCCUGGGGCGGGCCGGCAGCUGGUGGCCGAGGCCUUCCACUGCCGGCUGAAGGGCCCGGUGCAGGUGGACAAGAAGACACUGGUGGAGCUGCAGGGCUUCCAGGCUCCCACUGCCCAGGGCGCCUUCCUGCGGGGCUCAGGCCUGAGCCUGGCCUCCGGCCGGCACAGCCCCGGUUACCGCCAUCUUCCAGUUCUCGGCCAGCCUGCACAUGGAGCUGCCUCCUGCUCCAAACCCGGCUCCCACUGGGGGGCUGGACAGGGCCCUCGGGCCGGCUGUGCCCUCACCCUGGGCCCCGUGUCCAGGUCGCUGGAGGCCAUCUCGGGCCUGGAAGGCAGUGGCAGGAUCUUCACGGUGCUGGUUCAGGGGCUGCUCCAGCUGCAGGCUGGACAGUACGCCUCCGUCUUCGUGGACAAUGGCUCGGGGGCGCCCCUCACCGUCCAGAGUGGCUCCAGCUUCUCCGGCCUCCUCCUGGGCACGUGAGGACACGGCCGGCCCCAGGGGAGCUGCGUGGAGAGGCCCCUCGGGGCCAUGGGAGCUGCCGGUGGCCCAUCUGCUCUGCCCUCUGUUAAAAGUGUGGUCACUCAAUAAAGAGUCCCCGCCCAC